ACACCGUGCGGACCAUUGUAUUUUCGUAUACAAUCCUGUUCCAUGGUUCAAGAUUGCGUGUCAUUGUAUUCUUGCCUACUUGCCAUGGCUGAGGCUGCAGACUGUGUGGGCUGUAGGAAACGAUAAUUUGUUCGCAGUGGCUCGAAUUUCCUUAAUAUGUACAUACCUACAUAUGUAAGACACACGUGUGUACAAAUGAAUCACCUGUCGCUCUCGCUUCUCUCCAAUAGAUAAUCUGUAUUUAUUGAUGAUCGAAUGACUGAUAUUGAUCGUGCUAGCGAAAUCACAAGAAUUGAGGUUAAUCGCAUCAAAACGAGACUCAAAUACAACGAAGCGAUCGCAAGCAAAUACGGCCGUUAGUAAAAAUCUCCUCCCGUCUGGGACGUCAUCAGCCUCAUUGGAAACCUCCUCCUCAACGUGAAAAGGUGUCACGCGGUCGCUGACGAAAUAACGUCACGCACUUGUUUCGGCGAGUUAGUCUGUGUUUGUGCCAGGAGUAACGCCACUCACGCUCCGGGCCGGGCGACUUCAUUCACCAUCAGCAGGGAGAACCUCAAGACAAGUUACUACUCUCUGGACAAUUGGUUAUUAUAUUUUACAUCAAUAUGAAGACCCAGUGUGUCAUUGUACUACUUUUGGGAUUAUUCCCCCUUAUCAUAACCGGCCAACAGACGGCGCAAAGAUGUGAACAAGAUGUGAACGGCUGCACGGCGGAGUUUUCAUUAGCGCAGCAAGUACAGUCUCAAUCCGGCUUCAACCUCUCCGCUAUAUGCAGCAUUGUGGAUGAAUUCAUGACGUGCGUCAACACAGUUCUAGCUCCUUGUGACGUCAUUACGAAGAACACGCUGAGAAGCGCCAUUGACCAGUUGAUAGGAAUCUACACCAAUCCUCCCUAUGGCUGCACACUAAAUUUCGCGGAAACGUUCGAGUACGGCAACUGCAGCCAGCAGGUGACGCAAUGUGCCUUUUUCAAAUAUGCCGCAGAGGAACUAAAGGACAAUGCGACAGAGGCGUGCAAAGAGUUUGACGGCUUCGUGGAGUGCAUGGAGCUGAACACUACGACCUGUGUGGGCGCAGAACAGACGGAGAUUGUCCAGUCCAUCCAGAACACCACCAACACCUUCAACCAGUGUCCGUAUGCCUGUAACAGACCUGAUCUUGUUUGUACCACAGUCACAGCGACCACAACGCCAGCACCAGCUCUUUUCACCGUAAGCGUCUUAGCAACUCCAGUCAUGUCCAGUAUGGCUAUUUCGGACCUCGAUAUGUCCGAGUAUUCCGAAUACCCCAUCACGCCAUCUGAAGUGUUCUACAAUCCAUCCGAUGUCCUCUCUAUGUACACGGCCGAUUUGUCGGAGUUCUACAACUCUGACGCAACUUCCGGUACAACGUUUCCGAACGCCAUCUUGGAAUCUGAGUUUCCAUCCGAGUCCGAUUAUGCGGGGGCGUCCGAUGUGGCAGUGGCUGCUACAGAAACACAAACGUCAAUGACAACAUCGCAAAUAUCAACACGCACGUCAUCAACAUCUUCAACCGUGUCUCAAACAACGUUAACCUCCCGUACGACUCCACCGUCGACUUCAAACAGUCCCGACGGUACGACGACUACAUCGCCACCAACAACGUCUUCUACGACAGGGCAAGACACGGCUAAGCCAACAUCCCAUGAGACAAAGAGGUCGGACAAAACAUCAACGUCUUCAGCAACGACCACAACAUCAACCACGACGACUGUAAGACCAACAACAACGAAGGCAACGGUGAAACAACAGCCCACGUCUACAGUUGACACCACAACCACAGCCACAACUACAACCACAACCGAUUUCCCCACGCCAAACUACGACAAUGCAGCAGUGGUUAAACAAGUGUCAGCUAUCACCGUCCUGGCGUCCCUGGUCCUUGCAAUGAUGUCAUAAGCCGAUGUAAAGAGAAUCAGACGUCACUGGCUUGGUAUUGACGUCAUAACAUUGUAUGCUCCGAUGGAUGUUUGACGUCAUGUUCU